UGUUCACAGGAUGGGCAUCUCGGUCAAUUUCUCCUAUUUUCUCCCCUCCAGACAACAACAUACACCUUUGAGUAGAGGCGCGUCAGUGACACAAGCGCGGUCCAAUAAUUUGUCUUUCUGGUUACGGACAGAGAGCGUGAGAGCUUGUCGGGGCCCAAUCAGCGCUUUUGUAUUGCCUGCCAGUGCCGGGGACUGACUGGUUGUGAGUGUUUACUGCAGCGCCCCAGGAUCCCAAAGCCAAAACCGAAGCCAGUGGAACCUGCGGGGUGAAGGCGAGUCAGUCCAGUAUGGAGCGACUGAAUGAGGAGGCGGUGCGGCUGAGCCUGCUGAAGCGAGGCCUGGACUCCUCCUCGCCUGCAGGCGGCGCCACGAGCAGUGAGCGAGACGAGCUGCUCUCCAAACGCAUCAAGAUGGAGGGCCACCAAGCCAUGGAGCGCCUCAAGAUGCUGGCCUAUCUGAAACGCAAGGACCUGGCCGGCCUGGAGGGGGGAGGAUUGGGAGGGGUCUCAGGAGGCGGGGCCCUAAGGGGUGAGGUCAAGGGUCAUGGGUCUUCAGGGGGAGGGGCUUAUGAGGAGAAGACCAAUGGGAGCCUCCGUGGUCAGGUUGUGGGAGCCCAUGGCAUGGUGGGAAAGAGCGGGAAGGAGAACAUGGGCGAGGAGCCAGUGGAUUUCAGCGCCCGGAAAGGUGACGCGGACCGGGAGCGACACACACCCUCCCCUGAUGUGAUCGUCCUGUCAGACAAUGAGGCGUCCAGUCCAAGAGGGCCCAGCCAAGGGGAAGAACGCCUGAGGGCAGCGAACCUGGAGAUGUUUAAGGGUAAGACAGGGGAGGAGAGGCAAAAGAUGAUCAGGGCUCUGAGAGAGGAGCUGAGGCUGGAGGAGGCCAGGCUGGUGCUCCUGAAGAAGCUGAGGCAGAGCCAGAUGCAGAAGGAGAACCUGGUGCAGAAGGUCCCUGUGGUCCAGAACACAGCGUCUGCCCUCCAGAGCGGUGCCGUCCACGGUGCUCAGAGCAUGAGCAAGAUGUCUGGCCGCCCUGACCACCACACCCCAGAGCCCCAGAACCAUCGCACUGCACAGGUGGGCUACAGCAUUGCACAGGGUCACUCGGUGAUCAGGUCAGCCACCAACAGCUCCAUGUCUCAGAUGAUGAUGUCACAGAGCAGGGUGAUAGCGCCCAACCCUGCCCAGCUGCAGGGCCAGAGGCUGGCACAGCAGAAGCAGGGUGGCAUGCGCUCCUCGACUGGCAGCUCUAACAACGCCAUUAGCUACCAGCAGUCUUCCACCCAGCAGGUGGCAGCUUCUCAGCGCUCUGGCUCCUCCUCCUCCUCUGCCAUCUACAUGAACCUGACCCAAAUGCAGGCGGCCGGAGCCGCGGGAGGAGUCAGCGGGGUGUCGGGGGUGGGGGCGGUCAGCCCCUCAGCCACACACAGCCCAGGGGGGACAUCGGUGGGCUCCUCCAUGGCAGACACAGCCAGCAGUCAGGCAGCUGCCAAACUUGCCCUGAGGAAGCAGUUGGAGAAAACCCUGCUGGAGAUCCCUCCUCCCAAGCCGCCAGCGCCGCUCCUCCACUUCCUGCCGUCAGCGGCCAACAGCGAGUUUAUCUACAUGGUGGGCCUGGAGGAGGUUGUGCAGAGUGUCAUUGACAGUCAGGGUAAACUGCGUUUGCCCUCCUCCAUGGAGCCCUUCUCGUGUGCCCAGUGCAAGACGGACUUCACCCCUCACUGGAAGCAGGAGAAGGGUGGGCGCAUACUUUGCGAGACCUGUAUGUCUUCCAAUCAGAAGAAGGCACUGAAGGCCGAGCACACCAAUAGGCUGAAGAACGCCUUCGUCAAGGCUCUACAGCAGGAGCAGGAGAUUGAGCAGAGAAUCCAGUUGCAAGCCGCUCUUGCCACCAGUUCAGCUCAAACUGUUCCAAGCGUCAGUAAGCCGGAGUCCAUGAGCAGACAUCACACACACAGACAGGCGCCUCAGCCCCAGGUGACCCAGUCACAGGCCUCCCUCCAACGGGGUCUGUCUGGCUCGGCCCGGGGCGUCCUCUCCAACUUCGCCCAGGCCUCCCAGCUCUCGGUGGCCAGCAGCCUGCUGGGCAUGACUGGAAAGCGCAGUGGACAACUGGGUACUAGUGGGCACAGCCGGGCACAGCAGCAACAGCAGCAGCAGCAGCAUCACGACAACCGCCGCCAGCUCUACAGCAUCCCUGGGGUGAACAUUGCCUACCUGAACCCAGGCAAUGUGGUCGGCCACAAGGGGUCCAGCCUGGCUGACCGCCAGAGGGAAUACCUGCUGGACAUGAUCCCGCCUCGCUCCAUAUCCCAGUCCAUCAGCGGACAGAAAUGAACCUCACCCCGCCCCGACGCAAUACCACAGCCCUUCCCCACACCACACCCCAACCCCCAUCGCAUGCAGUGCCUGUUAGUGUGCCUACCAAACUAACCUGUAUGAAGAACACAAUCAACGAGUCAAAAGAGGCCACCAAACUCUGAAAUGACUUUUCAUUUGAACGUGAUGCAACCCCCUUUUAAUUCCUCUUGUUAUUACUAUUGUCAUUAGUGCUAUGGAUGUUGUUACUACAUUGCCGCUACCAGUUAUGAGCGUGCCCAUCUUUGUGGAGAACCCCUGUCUUUAUAUGCUUGUGGCAGUGUCCCGAGUGUGGGGUGUCUUUUGUUUUGGAUUUAUGUGCUUGUUUUUGAAGCAAUAUUUUGUCUCGCUUGAGCUUUCCUUACCAAACUCAAGUCUUUGUUAUGUCUGGAAUUACCAAGCUAUCUUUUUGAGAACUGCAGCACUCUGAAAUCCCUGCUCUUUCUCUGAUUUCUGAAUUCAACCAUCACCCUGUUUUUCCACAUUUGGCUGUGAAUUAUUGGAAGAGAAAUUCUACCAGACCGGCCAAACCUUUGUUUUAAAAAGGUGAUUGUGAUGGUUUAACUUUGACCUGACUCUCUCAAGCCUUUGAGCUUGAGCUUUCUUCAAAGAUUUGUGGGGAGAAAAGAGGAUGAUUGAGACCCUGGAGUUGUCUGAAACAAUGCUUUUCUAACUGAUUGUUGAAACAAGGAUGGAUACAUAUCCCACAAAGAGAGACAGCCCAAUGCACCAUCUGGACUUGGUUUGGAUGCACCGCUGAAUAAAUACUACUCCCAUUGGAUAUGAAGGCACAGAAACUGAACCUAUAGCAGAGUUGCCCUGUAUCCUUUCACCUUUUCAUCUGAGGCAGCCUGGGGGCUGUAGUUCAGAAGUGAUGGAAUUGAGGAGUUAGUAUCCUAAAGCAUAUAUAAUUGAUGGGGUAUUGAUUGGAGAGAUCAUUUAGAGGGAUUUGAUUGGAUGAGAGCUCAUGUGAACAUACUGAGAGAUCAGGUGAAUAAGGUUUUUAUUUAAUUGGAGAGGAUACAGGUAUUGGAUUUGGUGGGAGGGAUCAUUCUUAGACUCAAAAUCUAAGGCGUUUCCCAUAGGACCAUGGUGUGUACUUAUUUAGGAGUGGGAAUGGGGGGGAAGAGGCACAGGGGUUCCCUCUCCCUUGUUUUCAUCUCUUGGCUAAUAGGAUUUGCUACUGUUCACUCUACCCUGUCAUUCAAAGUUAUGGAUUCCGUUUAGAUACUAUUUGAACUUUCUUAUGUCAACAUUAUCCCCAUGGUGUCUGGGAGGCAUUUGAAAACGGUCAGGGAGAGUGGCUAGCUAGCUAUUAGCUUUAAACCUGCUCUAAGCUAUUUAGCCUGCUCUAAGCUAUUUAGCCUGCUCUAAGCUAUUUAGAUGUUUUGUGUCUUCUGAAGUGUUUGCGUAUCUGAAAGGUACUUUGAACAGGAGACAAUAAAUAAAUACAGAAUGACAAAUGCAACUUGAAUAUCUACAUAAAUCAAACAGUUCUAUAGAAAGAGAUAUUUACAGGAUAUACAGUACCAGUCAAAAGUUUGGACAUACCUACUCAUUCAAGGGUUUUUCUUUAUUUUGACUAUUUUCUUGUAAAAAUAAAGAAAAAUACUAUGAAAUAACACAAUGGAACCAUGUAGUAACCAAAAAAAGUGUUAAUCAAAAUAUAUUUGAGAUUCUUCAAAGUAGCCACUCUUUACCUUGAUGACAGCUUUGCACAUUCUUAGCAUUCUCUCAACCAGCUUCACCUGAAAUACUUUUCCAGCAGUCUUGAAAGAGUUCCCACAUAUGCUGAGCACUUGUUGGCUGCUUUUCCUUCAAUCUGCGGUCCAACUCAUCCCAAACCAUCUCAAUUGGGUUUAGGUCGGGUGAUUGUGGAGGCCAGGUCAUCUGAUGCAGUACUCCAUCACUCUCUUUCUUGGUCAAAUAGCCCAUACACAGCCUGUAGAUGUGUUUUGGGUCAUUGUCCUGUUGAAAAACAAAUGAGUCCCACUAAGUGCAAACCAGAUGGGAUGGUGUAUCGCUGUACAAUGCUGUGGGAGCCAUGCUGGUUAAGUGUGCCUUGAAUUCUAAAUAAAUCACUGACAGUGUCACCAGCAAAGCAAACCCACACCAUCACACCACCUCCUCCAUGCUUCAUGGUGGGAACCACACAUGCAGAGAUCAUCUGUCCACCUACUUUGCGUCUCACAAAGACAUGGUGGUUGGAACCAAAAAUCUUAAAUUUGGACACAUCAGACCAGUCUCCUCUGAACAGUUGAUGUUGAGAUGUGUCUGUUACUUGAACUCUGUGAAGCAUUUAUUUGGUAUGCAAUCUGAGGCUGGUAACUGUAAUGAACUUAUCCUCUGCAGCAGAGGUAACUCUGGGUCUUCCUUUCCUGUGGUGGUCCUCAUGAGAGCCAAUUUCAUCAUAUCGCUUGAUGGUUUUUGUGACUGCACUUGAAGAAACUUUAAAAGUUCUUGGAAUGUUCUGGAUUGACUCACCUUCAUGUCUUAAAGUAAUGAUAGACUGCCGUGUCUCUUUGCUUAUUUGAGCUGUUCUUGCCAUAAUAUGGACUUGGUCUUUUACCAAAUAGGGCUAUCUUCAGUAUACCAACCCUACCUUGUCACAACACAACUGAUUAGCUCAAACACGUUAAGAAGGAAAUAAAUUAACUUUUAACAAGGCACACCUGUUAAUUGAAAUGCAUUCCAGGUGACUAACUCAUGAAGCUGGUUGAGAGAAUGCCAAGCGUGUGCAAAGCUGUCAUCAAGGCGAAGGGUGACUACUUUGAUGAAUCUCAAAUCUCAAAUAUAUUUGGAUUUGUUUAACACUGGUUACUACAUGAUUUCACAUGUGUUAUUUCAUAGUUUUCAUGUCUUCACUAUUAUUAUACAAUGUAGAAAAUAGUAAAAUCAAAGAAAAACCCUGGAAUGAGUUGGUGUGUCCAAACUUUUGACUGGUACUGUACAUGAUGGGUUAUGGCAAUGCACAGGACUGUACAUGCAGAGCACUUAGGUACAGAGAGUAGGGAUAUUGUUUCUGUCCACCAGGAAUCCAGGGUGAAUUGAUUGAUUAUUAUUGAAUUGAUUAUUGUUCCAUCUCAUGAUAAUUGUGGCUCUAUUUCAGCAAUGCCUGAUGUUGAAUUAUUUCAGGAUAAAAUUUGGAAGUAACAAAUACUAGUGCAUCCAUUUUAAAACAGCAGGAAAUAGUAAUUCCAAUUUAAUUUUCUUCUUGCAAGCAGGAGUUGCCUGGUUAUUGCCUCUUAUACCCUGCAGUUUUAAAACGUAACAUUAAACAUAUUGCCAGAGAGCAGUGGAUUACUCCUUGCCCUUUUUGAUAAACUUCAAAAACAGGUGCAAUAUUUUGAGACACAGGGAAGACAAAGUUCAUUCAAGUAUUUGUGCUGAAUGUUACUAUUUUAUCCAUUUAGUAUCCCAACUAGUUAGGUAGCCUUACUCCCAUAUACAGUAGUAUAAGCACUAUUUUUGUUGCACCCAGAUGGAACAGAUGUUGUAUUGGCCGUGUUCAGUAAGCACCAAACUGAAGCAAAUAUUUUAAACAGAGGUAGUACUACCUGCACUUGUCCUAUAGGGGCGUUCAUUUCUGUUGUCCGUCUGAAAACCUUUCCUACUGUUCGUGCCGAAUGAACACGACCCAGGGUUUGCCGUAGUCCAAUAACACAGAACACCCCACAGCUACAUCACUGUUUGGGAUGGACAACAGUGACCCAUGGGUGAUUUUCAGCCUCACUGUUUUUGAUAGUUAUCUUUGUCCUCUUUGUUGUAUGUAUGCGUUAUGGAAUUACUUCAUCAUCAAUAUUUCUCUCUUUCUCAAACUAUGCCAGAUGCACCAUUUUAACAUUUUUGUUUUAAAGAAAGUAAAGGAAAAAAACACAGGAAAAAUAGCAUUUUCAGAUGUCAUUUUUGUAAGGUUUCAAACAUUUAAAAAACUACAUUUUGCUGACCUGUCUAUUCAAUUUAAUUUCUAACAAUUUUUUACAAACAAAUGGGGGAAAAGAAAAAUCAAGAAAUAUAAUUAACUUAAGAAAUUGUCAGGUAAUAUUAUCUUGAACGGCUGUAGUCAUAAUAAUGAUGUAUUUAUUGUACAUAUGCGUUCCUCCUUUGUGGAAUAAGACACAUUGAAUUCAAGGUGGGUAUGCAUUGUAUAGAAAAACUAACAAAAAGCCAUGGAUAUUGUGAAGCUUGUCAUUUUGUUUAUUGAUCACUGUAUAUUCCUGUGCAAAAAUGUGUGGGGUUUUUCUAUUUACUAUCAAAAGCAUUCUCAACUUUCUAUAUCUUGUUUUCUAGUACUUAGAGGCAGUAGGAUCAUCUUUUAUGAAGAGUUGUUUGAUCUAUCCCAGGACCACUUUGUCUAUACAUUGUAUGAAGUGCUCCGCUGUUAUUACAUGCUUUACUUUCAGCAGCAUUGAUGUUCAGUUAGAGAUUAGUUCAUAUUAUUAUCAUUAUCGUACACUUUGAAAAAUUUAUCCUCGUAAAAAUGAUUGUAAGGCUUGGCGUAGAUCAGGCAAUUGGAAUGGGACAUUUCAUUAUCUCUUUUUUUCUCCUCGUAUAUAUUUUCCAGGGAAAGGCAGUGCAUGGUCCACAUAUAAGUAAGAAAGAGACUCAUGAGAUGAACUACCCGCUGUGUGUUUAAAAUACAGUCCUAAUGGAUAAGCUGUGUGCUAACCUAGCCAUGGUCAUAAAGCAAGUCUUCAAAUACCCCUUUUAAAAGAUGAAGGAGUACUAGAUGUUGUGUCAAACAGAGCAUGGAAUACUCUCAACAACACAACGCAAUACUGUCACAAUAUGACUCCAAUGGCUUGCAUCAUAUUCUGUCAAUAAAGUUUAAGCGAUGUUUUCAA